UAGAUACAGGUAGCCUAGACGCCCGUUCGAAUGAAGAUUCGAAACAUUGGCAAUUUUUUUUCGGAAAGAAAUUUUUGUUUUGAAAAGUUUUCUCAGGCAGGACGUACAUUUUUCUACGAACAUUUUAAAGUCAACCAGCAUGUCAGAAACAAGUUCAGAAAACCAAUCCAAACCGGAAUGCUAUGUACCAAAAAUGAAGCCAGGAGAUGUAGAAAUUCCAAAUCGAGUCUUCGUGAAAGGUUUUGCCAAAGAUGCAACUGUCGAUGACUUGUUUACGUUUUUUGAGCAAUAUGGAAAAGUGCUCGAAUGUCGAAUAGUUUCAGACAGAUAUGGUUGCAGUAAAGGAUUUGGGUUCAUCACAUUCGAUAGCCAGAACGUUGCUGAAACUGUCAAAUCACUAGAACGGAUUCAAUACAACGGUGAUAUUGAACUAGUGAUCGGUCCAGCAAGAAUCCGCAAGAAAAGGUUCUACUUGCUACCAGCGCAACAGUGGAAUAACCAGCCUCAACCAUUCUAUGCACCAGAUGGAAGUAUUGUAUGGGCUACACCUGUGCCUCCAUCACCCAUACAACAACAACCACAAAUGGUCUCUGCUGUUCAGAUGCCUCCGCACCAACAAGCUUAUGCUUCGCCUGUAAUUCUCUCCGUUGUGAACGAACCACCGCAGUACAAGCAGCAGCAAACAUGCAUAACUUAUCAGCCAGCUUCACCUCAAGGAGUCAUAGAGAAGAUUGCUAUUCCAACAACUAUGUCUUCAUCACCUGUCUGCAUGGAUGAUACCCAACAGGUACCAUGUAUGAGUCCUCUACAAACUGGUUACGUGGACAUGCAACAGCCCAUAAACGUAUCCUCGGACACUGUCGUUUAUGGCCAGAUGGUUCCUUUGAUACAAAAGAUGCAUAACAUGCACGUGCAGUAGAAUAUGCUGAGUCAUCAUUACACUUGCAUUUUUCCAAAAAAUAUUAUCGAAUGGCAAUUUUUAAAUUUAACUCAACAAGUUACAAAAUUUCAUUUUUUCAGUCAACUAUUUUUUAUCAUUCUAUCUG